GAAGAUUUUUUGUGAGCAGUCGCUUCAGCAAGUGAAUUGAGAAAAUGAAACUCCCGAAGAAAGUCUUAUUGGCGUGCUUUACCCUUCUGGCUUGCUGCUUUUUCUCGCGGAUUCAGGAAAGUAUAACGAAGUUUAAGAACGGUCGCUCCUUAUUAUACAGAAGCGUCGACCCAUCGGAGACUUUCCCUUCUAUGUGGUGGUCCAACUUCUUGUGUAAAGAGAACUCCAAAGAGACUAACAGUAGUAUCGUCUUACCAGUACUAAUGAGAGAUUUGACACCUUCACUGGACAAUAACGUGUUCUUGAUCGAAAGCGCGUGCAAGGCCAAGCCCACGUAUCGUGCAUGGUGUGCCGUGGAAAGGAAUCCCUUUACAGAGCUGGCUACUUUCCCAGCUGUGACGGGAAAUGAGCUGAAAAUCCUUGCCAAGAGGGGCACUAAGCCAGAAUCACUGUCCCAUAGUUACGCCUCUUGCCCAUUACCAAUUACAAUGAAAGCGGCAAAUGCAAUUGUUGGGAAGCAUAUUGUUUGA